AGCCAUACCAUCUUCCCACUUUGACUAUCUUCAUUUCUGAACAAUCUGCCCCAUUAUCGACGCUGCAUCCUUUUGACUGAUUCAACAUGAGCAACAUGGAAAAGACGCUAUUUCAGCUGAAGUUUACUGCCAAGACACUUAAUCGUCAAGCAAAGAAAGCACAAAAGGAUGAGAACACAGAAAAGGCUCGUCUCAAGAAGGCGUUGCAGCAGAGAAAUACUGAUGGCGCACGGAUCUAUGCUUCCAAUGCAAUUCGCAAGAAGUCCGAGGCUCUGAACUUGUUGCGACUAUCUAGCCGGUUAGACGCUGUCGCAAGUCGAGUGGAGACUGCCGUCACAAUGAGACAGGUUACUGGGAACAUGACCUCCGUGGUCAAGGGAAUGGAUAAAGCAAUGGAUAGCAUGAAUCUUGAACGGAUUUCGCUUGUGAUGGACAAGUUCGAAUCACAAUUCUCCGACCUGGACGUUCAGACGUCUUACAUGGAGGACGCAAUAUCAAGCACAACUGCUGUAUCGACUCCGCAAGAUCAAGUAGACAGUCUCAUGCGGCAGAUGGCGGAAGAAGCCAACAUAGAAUUGCAGCAUGAUCUAGCGUCGAAAGACCUAUCUGGUGUUCCAUCUCUGGCUGCAAAGGAGAGCAUUGGGGAGGAAGACGAUAAACUAGCAGAAAGACUGAGAGCUCUGAGACCGGCGGCAUGAUGCUUUAAUUUGCUCACUGCAACUAGAUGACCAUAAUAGGUGUUCAGUUUCGUGAUUUCUGUAUAUCGUAUGGAUUGUACAUCAUUUCAUUACCGCACUCAUUACUCUUAUUGUUCACUGCACCGCAGCUCUGUACAUCAUGGCGGUUGUUUGGAUGCAAAGCUUUUGCCAAACAAACUC